CUACUAUUUCUACAUACAUGACUCGACAGUACGAAUUAAUACGCAAUAUUUUCAUACGAGAAAUUAGUUUUUUUAUUCACAAACCGGAUUAAACUCGCCUGAAAAUCAGCCCUGCCAUUGUCAUAUAUUGUAGACCUUCGAAAGAAUGGAAUACUGUACCAAACAUUCUGUCACAGCUGAUUGUGAAAGAAGAAUGUAAACAAAAACACGUAGUAUAUUAGAUAGAGAAUUAUUAUACAUCGAUAGAAGGAACAUUUAAUGGAACAUUGUUGAUGUAACACCAAAUGGCUGAAGAAAGAAAUAUUCUUAAUUUACGAUUUAAUCAGGAUCAAGGAUGUUUUACCUGUUGCAUGGAGUCUGGUCUUAGAGUGUACAAUGUAGAACCAUUAGUUGAGAAAGCACAUUUGGAGAACGAUGUAAUUGGAGGUAUAGGCAUAGCUGAAAUGCUGUGGAGAACAAAUAUUAUUGCGAUAGUGGGUGGUGGUACCAGACCAAAAUAUGCUGAGAACACAGUACUUAUUUACGAUGAUCUUUCGAAGAAGUUCGUGAUGGAAGUCACGUUCACCAGCCCUAUUAAAGCUGUACGUUUACGUAGGGACAAAAUGAUAGUGGCAUUACAACAUGAAAUACAUGUCUUCUCCUUUCCUACUCCAACGAGAAGAUUGUUAACUUUAGAAACCAGAGACAAUCCAAAGGGAUUGGUCGAGAUUGCUACUUUGGCCACAGCGCAAAAGCAACUUCUUGCCUUUCCCGGUUUUAAACAGGGCAGCGUGCAAUUAGUUGAUUUAGCUGCUACAGAAGCUAGGAGCUCUAGCACUCCUGCAACUCUUGCAGCACAUCAGGGAGCACUAGCUUGCCUGGCAGUUAACAGUACUGGAACUAUGGUAGCAACUGCUUCUACGCAAGGUACUUUAGUUAGGGUAUGGGAUAGUAUACGUAGAGAUCUGCUACUGGAAUUGAGAAGAGGUGCCGAUUCCGCGACUCUCUAUUGUAUCACGUUUAGCAGAGACUCGGAAUUUCUAUGCGUCUCUAGUGAUAAAGGGACAGUGCAUAUAUUCGCAUUGAAAGACACGCAAUUAAACCGCAGAUCAACUUUUUCGAAAAUGGGAUUUUUGGGAAAUUACGUCGAGAGCCAGUGGGCAUUGGCCACGUUUACGGUACCACCGGAAUGCGCUUGUAUAUGUGCAUUUGGAACAAGGAGCUCUGUCAUAGCCAUCUGUAUGGAUGGGACAUUUCAUAAAUAUGUUUUCACUGCUGAUGGAAAUUGCAAUCGCGAGGCAUUCGACGUCUUCCUAGAUGUUUGUGAUCACGACGACUUUUAACAAGAAUUGUAUAUUAUGUCCAUAAACUGGUAUGUCUGUAGGAGAGUUUCUAGUCAUUUUAAAUAAGAAACUUCUUACAGUUGAUGUCUAUAGCAAUCUAAUGAUAUUAAUUACUGUAAAAAGAGCAUAAGU